GGUCUUGUUACAAUGUGGCAAUGUAAAGAGUGUUAAGUUUGUUUGGGUGCGAAAUUUGCCAGAUAGCCUGUUAUCUGUGUUCGUGCCUUUACACGUGUAAAUAGCUCAUGUCUGAACCAUGUUCGCAGAUGUCCCCGGAACCAUGCCUGCUUGAGUCCGAGGACCAGACAUCGUAUGGUACGAUCAGCCGGCCUGCGAAGGAGGGGAGGGAGAUGAUGAAGAAAUCGAAAAGCAAUCAGGUCCUGCUAUGCUGUUUGGCCAACUCCGCACUGCUGGGCUCUGGCAUGUCCCUGGGCUUCACAGCAGUAGCUCUCCCCUACAUGUUGAUGCCUGACAGCACACUCCCCAUAGACCAGGAUGAGGCCUCUUGGAUUGCCAGUUUGGCCUCCAUAGCCACACCUGUGGGUUGUCUGCUGAGUGGACAUCUGCUGGACAGGUUCGGACGACGCACGGCUCUCCUGGUCAUCUCAGCUCCCCUCAUACUAGGCUGGCUCCUCAUUGGACUCAGUCCCUCACUCAUACAGAUGUACCUGGGCCGGAUCAGCACAGGUAUCGGCACGGGCUUGUGCAGUAUCCCGGCCACGGUGUAUGCUGCCGAGGUGGCUGACAGUAGUAUCCGAGGAUGGUUGGUCACCGGGACUUCAGUAUCCAUCGCAAUGGGAGUCGUCAUUGUUUACACCCUCGGAGCUCUUCUCAAGUCGCAAUGGCAGCUGGUCGCCCUGAUAUGUGCUGCGUUCCCUGUGCUGACCACAGUUCUUGUCUUCUUCUUCCUCCCAGAGAGUCCAGUCUGGCUCGUCGCCAAGAACAGAUUGGAGGAUGCGUCUCACGCACUCAUGCGUAUCAACAGAGCCAACACACCUGCUCAGGUAUUGCAGGUGAAUGAAGAAUUGCAGUUGCUGGAGGACCGAGCUAGAAAGAACACUCGACGAUCUCUCUCUCUCACUACUACACUCAAGGCUCUGAGUCGUCCAGAAGCUUGGAAGCCUCUCAUCAUAAUGAACACCUUCUUCUUCUUCCAGCAGUUCACUGGCACUUUUGUUGUUAUUUUUUAUGCUGUGGAUGUUGUGCAAGAAGCUGGUGUCAAAACAGAUCCGUUCCUGGUCACGGUGCUGAUUGGUCUAACCCGUCUUGUAUUCACCUUCCUGGCCGCGUAUCUGUCCAAGAAGUUCGGUCGUCGGCCGACAGCCAUCUUGUCUGGGGUCGGAAUGACUCUCUCCCUUAUCACUCUUGCCACUCAUCUUUACCUUCUCUCUCCCACUCCUUCUGUCACUAAGCUCUCUACUAGUAACCUCUCUGACAUUCUCAACACUACAGAUGUUUUCAACUCUACAGCUGUGGAGACAGUUGAGUCUGUAUCAUUUCUUCCUGUGACAAUGCUUCUUCUUUACAUCCUCGCGAGUACCAUUGGCUUUCUCACGCUGCCGUGGUCCAUGAUAGGAGAGGUUUACCCUGCUCAAGUUAGAGGGGUAGCCAGUGGGCUGACAACAUGUACUGCCUACGGAAUCAGUUUCCUGGUACUUAAGAUGUACCCUCACAUGAAGAAAGUACUUGACAAGCACGGGGUGUUUUACUUCUUCGGCAUUAUGGCUCUUCUGGGUACUAUAUUUGUUGUCUUUUUCCUACCAGAGACUGAAGGAAAAACACUUCAAGAGAUUGAGCUGCAAUUCAUGAACAAAGGAGCAAGACGAAGUAUUCAGCAGGAAGAAGAGGAAGUGGCUUUACAAAAGUCGAAGAAAGCAACCAUAGUGAAGUCUACGAUGCGGUGAUCAUGUUCCUAGUUGGUCCAAGUGUUAUUGCGCAAAACUACGAUCUCAACACCUUGAUGUUGCUCUGCUUUACUUAGUAGUUGCUGAAGUAGAACUGUGUGUUAACGUUCAAAUAGAAUAGAGUCGGAUUAAUGUACGACAUUGCUUCGAUACAUCAAGGAACAAAAAUGGAAAACUUAAUUUGUGUGUUGAAUAGCUCUAUGAAAAAGCAUUCAAAACAUUUCUAUUUAGUGAUUCUAGAUCACUACAUUUUUAAUAUUGUGUUGUUGCAAUUUUUAAGACUUGUGAACAGUUUACUUAAAAUACUCAUGUAAAAGAGUGACCAAUGUUUCUGUGUAUGAGAAACGACAAACGUACUGUUAUUUAUUUUUAGUUUUAUUGGAAGACUGUUUUUAAAUUAUCUGAAUCAAAUAAGAUUGGAUUCCUCACUGAUAAUUAAAAUGUAUGAUAAUUAUGGUACAUAUAUAAGAAAAGAGCUUUAAGUGAGA